AUGGCAUGGAGCUUCUGCUGCAAGUCUGCCGCUCCCACUGCAGGUCGGCGCCGGACGAAGAUGAGACGGAGGAUUUCCCGGGCGUUGUCGCCGAUGCAUCAACUCAAGAGGAGAUCUUUCCCAAGGAGAAGCUCAAGGCCCUUUGGCAUGGCAGAGGAGGUGCGCAUUUGCCCCAUCAGCGGCUUGUCAACCCUGCAGGGCGCAUGCCCCUUCGCCAAGCCCAAAGCCAAGGCCAAAGACGGGGGCAAGAAGCAGAAGGCCAGUGUGAAGUUGGACUUUCAGUGGGAGCAGGACCAGAGCAGGGUGAGCGUCAGCGUUUGUGCACACCCCACCGAUGCCUUCGCUGCUUUGGAACUGUCAGACGCUGCUUCGCAGGAGGAGAUCAAGAGGCAGUACAAGCUGCUCUCGCUGCGGCAUCACCCUGACAAAAACCAAGACGACGUGGACGCAGCAACAGAUCGCUUUCAGAGGAUCAAAGACGCAUAUCAGGCAGUCAAAGACACUGACGGGGAGCUGGCGUUUCCCUGGGACCAGCAUCCCGACAAGCAGCUAGUGAUGAAGGGAGAGGAGGCGAUCGUGAUGUUUGCGGAGGUGGGCAUGGAAGCCUGCGAGGAACAUCAGUUUCAGGGGCUGCAAUUGCGGCACCUGGUCAAGACUUCAAUAGAGGUCAAGGUCUUGAGAUUUGACAAGGAGGGACAAGAUGGGCACAUCACCGAGUGCUGGUUGCAAGCUUUAUGUGCAGGCUCUCCUCACUUUGUGAACCACCUUGUCAAGGUCUAUCGACGCGAUGCAUGGGAGUAUGAAGAGGCCAAGUAG